CUUCAGCAAGACCAGACACCAGGACACUGCCUGCCAGCAUUUGGAAGAGCAAAUAGAAAGCACUUUUAAACAGGGAUUUCUCUUUGGACUGGACUGGGAUGCGGGCCAGAGAUCUUCUCCGCUUUGGCUUGCUCGUGUCCACAUUAUUCCUGCUGUGGUCCAUUGUAUCCAAAUCAACAGACAUUUUUAAGAGAGCAGAGAAUAUGAAAUAUUUUUUUGGGGUUCCAACAGCAGAAGAACAAGCAAACAUGAAUUUAGCCAAGCCCCCUAAACUGAAGCACAACUGCAACCUGCCAUCAACCUGUCCUGAUGAUCACUUUGCAUUCCACAUCAAAAGUGGGGUAACCAAUGUGAUCGGGCCCAGUAUUUGCUUCAACGGCCAAAUCAUUAUGAGUGGAGUAAAGAACAACAUUGGACAGGGACUCAACAUUGUGAUUGCAAAUGGUGAAACAGGGAAUAUUGAGAAGAGCGCUUUCUUCAACAUGUAUAAUGGAGACCCAAAAGAACUACUGGCAUUGCUAGAAGCAAUAAAACCUGGGAUGAUUAUUUUAGUUGCAACAUUUGAUGAUCCAGCUACAAAGCUGACGAAGGAGAUCCGGGAGGCAUUCUCCAAUCUGGGAAGCACUUCGAUCAAGUCGGUGAAGUUCAGGGAUAACUGGGUUUUUGCAGGAGCACUUGGAACACUCGGAAUGGAGGGGGAAAGUCCCUUUGAGAAGCUGCUGAAGAACAAUAAGGAGACAAACGUUUAUGAAGGUUGGCCCAGCAUGGUAGAAGUUGGCGGAUGCUUUCCCAAAAUUAUCUGA